CUGGUUUCUUCUACCCUCCCGUCGCCUCAUCUCACAUCACACGUCUCUACCUGCUGGGAAAUUCAUAGCCAAAAAAAAAAAAAAAAAAAGAGUCGUGCCAUAUCAAACAAAACUUAUCGGAAACUUUUACCUUUGACCUUUGCGCCAAUAUGUUUGGCACGUAUCCCGCCUUGGCAAAUCUGCCAACCGCAGUCAAGAUCAACCCGAAGGAUAUCCCAGCUCCAACGCCGGUCACGCUGCCGCAGAGUCGACCUCAGUUGAAUGCUGCUUCGACGUCAGCCGGCCAGAAAAAGCCACUGACUUCAGUCCUGCAGGACAUCUAUCGCCCCGGUGACAUCAACAACGCCAUAUUCGACGCCUUGGGGGUGCACCUCAUCCCGGAUGCUCCCACCGCGGAUCUCAUUCCCGAUUCCGCCUACCUGCCCGACUUUGAAGGCUGGGGCAAGCUCUCCCCAGAAGAGGCACGUGAGAAAAACGCAGAAACCCGCGUGGUUCUGAACAAUGGCGCCCAGUCGCCCGGCUGCCAGACUUUCCUCGAUCGUCAGCGUGAACUAUCUCACUCAAACGAGGAUGCCUUCCGAACCGUGAGGCGCAUCCCCGCGCCCAAGGGGCAGCAGCAGGCUCGCCUCGGCAACUCAUACGAGUUCUUUAGGUGUCUCGAGGCCUUUACAACCUAUUGGGAUGACCCCACGAACCCGUAUGUGCAUACCGAGGAGGCCGAAGGGGCCAAGGAUGUCGUCGUCGUCGUCGACGACGGUGACAAGGCCGAGCGGGACAACCCGAAAACCCCGGAACGACCUCGCAUCUUCCGCACCUCGGCCGGCUCAUCGAUGCCGGGCGAGUACCGCCAGAGCCUGUUGACGGCCUUCCUCAAGCUCGUGGCAUACGAUUUCGGCUGCAACGUCUCGGCUCCCAGGACGGAACCCCGUCUCCACAUCGUCAGCGGGCCGUCAUCGCCUUCGUCGCAAACGCAACUCUCCAAGCGCCAGCAAGCUGCAGCAGCCGCCGCUGCCGCCGCAACCCCGAGGACGUCCUACUUCGCCUCCGGAUGCACCUUCAUCUUCCGCACCCCUCGCACGCGCGAAGCAGCCCGUCAGGGCAUCGUAGAAGGGCCCCUGGCCGCCGUUUCCGCGCGCGCGAGCAUCUCCUUUGAUAAAGAAAACGAAGAAGUCAUUGACCUGGCGCGCGAACUCGUCGCCGCCCUCCUCACGGCGCAGCACCGCGCGCGCGAGGGCAAGACGGAGAAGAAAUUCGGCGACGGCGCGUGGUGGACGACGAAACCGCGCUGGGGCGGCGGGUCGGGCGGGCCCAUUGGUCGCGAGGUCGAGCGGGAUGCCAUCCAGGGGGACAAGGACGAUGCCGCUUCCGCCUCCGCCCCCGCUGCCGGGGCCGCUACCGGGGGAGCGGCCUCGGGAGAAAGGGGCCAGCCCGCGGCCAAGAAACCGCGCAAGAACAUGUCCAUCUAUGAUAACUACCGCAUGGUCCGCCCGCCGUCGGCCAGCUGGGACCGCAAGACGCGCUACGAGGCCAUUGGGAAGGUCAAGGGCGUCGGGUACGACGACGUCUAUGUCAUCAGCUCUCUGUUCCACCACAUUAGCGUCCUGCGCGUGCGUGUGCCGGAACGGCUUCUCGAGGUGCUCGAGGGCGGCGCCGAGCAGGCCCAGACCCAGGCCUUGGCUGGUGAUGACGUCCACCGGAGCUGGGGACAGGUUGAGGCACGCCGGAGCCCGUGGUAUGAUUUCUUUGUGCUCGAGGAGCGGCUUGAGGCUAUGAAGCUUGUUUGGUCGCUCAUGGGGUGGUUGAUGAGAAAGCCUGAGGAGGAGGUGACGGUAGAGAAGACGGAGGAGGAUGUCAAGAUGGUUGAUGCUUGAGAUGGGACACACUGGAGAAGAGAGAGGGGAGGGAGGGAGAGAGUGAGUAUAUUGGAUUGGAGUUGGAGAGUGGUUGGUGAUAAUAGGAAGAGAAGACGAGUGACUUAUUUACUUUUCUUGGGCAUGGCGAAGCUUGAUAGACGGCUGACAAUGUCAAAAGACCAAAUUUCGAUUGCAAAUUUUGUAUCCCCCCCCUUUUUUUUUUCAUGUCACAUCUCGGUGUCAUCGUUAUCUUAUAAUUCAUGUAGACAUGAUGUUUGCUACGUAAGUAAGUCAAUAAACAGCGACUAUGUCCAAGACUUGAUCUGACAGAAGUCAG